AGAUGUGCAGAGGUUUCAGGCUCACAGGAGAAGAAAGCCUCAAGUGGAACAUUCUCACACGGUAUGGACCAACCUAAACACAGCCCUGUCACUUCAGUCCUCCUCCGCCAGUCAUGGCAAAGAGAAGCCUUCAGAUUUUCCUAACAGGCUAAUUAAAUCUUUAAGAAAGGAAGAUGGGGCUUUUGCAAUCGAAAAAUGCAUGUAAACGCAGGGAGAGUCCAGAAGGAGGCACUUUGGCGACUGGCUCUUUACUCCUGCAGGGAGAGUCGACUCAUCACACCGAGUCAGAUAGAAUCCGACUCAAGCAGGAUGUGUGUGGAGCAGAGCUAAAGGAUGAUCACUUCUUGGAUCAUGACUGCCCUCUGGAGGUAAUCCUGCCACCAGAGAGAGCAGAAUGCCAAAGUUACAAAGUUUCACCGGAAAAUGGAGAUCCCUCGAGGAGGAAUGCAAAAAACGAUGACAUGGAGUGUAACGUGCCUGUUGGGGAUGAAAAUCACCAGGAGUGGGUGUUUACUUUGUAUGACUUUGACAACAGUGGCAGAGUAACCAAAGAGGAUAUGUCUAGCCUGAUGCAUACCAUCUAUGAGGUAGUGGAAGCAUCAGUCAAACAGUCUGCACUCUGUGACAGCAAAACUCUGCGCGUCAAAUUGACUGUAACACCCUUAAUAACCAGUUCCAACAGAAAAGAGCGAGAUAUGGGGUUUCCACAGAGCAAGCAGGAGCAACUGGAGGAAAACCACCCCAUUCACAUCAGAGGACAGAGCACAGAUCCUGCUGUAAGUCCUGAGAAGAAACUUUCCCGCAUCGAUGAGAACACAGAACGCAGAAACCACUACUUAGACCUGGCUGGGAUUGAAAACUACACCUCCAGAUUUGAUGCAGAUCACACACUCCACUCCCCCUAUGAGGAGCAGUGUCAGGAGAGCCCAGCACACGGCACACGCUCUGCCAUGCGAUGGCCUCAGCUUGAUCGUGGCAGUCUAGGGAAGUCUGGUGGCCAACGCCUUCCCUUUCUCAGGUCUCUGCGGAGCCGCAGCAAAUCGAACAGGCUACACGGGCAUCACCCAGUCAGCUGGUGCUGUCCUCCUGCUCCCCAGCAGCAGCCUCUGCACUACAAUCACAGUAAGCGUGUUCAUGCCAGGCCUCGUGAUGCCACAUCAGCUUCUGUGCCUCAUCCGGGGCUAGACUUGGAGCUCCAGCCUGGAACAGGUGUUUCACCUGGUGGUUUCAUGCCUAUGGCUCAGAGGCAUGAGCACCAUCACCUCCAUGAGCAUCACCAUCAUCACCACCAUCACCACCAUUACUAUUCAUCCUGAAUGCAGCCUCUCAGAAAGAGAGACAAACUGAGAAGUUUUGGGAAGUGAUCCAAAAAAAUUGCACACAAUCUUUCAUAAAUGACUUCCAGGAUCAGACGUGGAAAGAUGUGGACAGUGUUUCUUCUUCUUCGGAAGAAAAACUCGAAUUUGUCAACUGUCUGAAAAAAACUAU